GUUUCCAACUAGGGUUUGAUGAAAACCUCCACGUCGUAAACUAUGUACGAACUCGGUCUCAAUUCUUAACAGUUAAAGAAAUGAUUCAAUUACAAUUAUAGGCCAGAAAACAUCAAUCGUUUAGCAAUUAAGUGGGAGUUCUUUCAUUUAAAAACAACCGGUUCGUGUGUUAAGUGCUAGUGGUCGAAGAUGGCAAGCCCUAGGACUCGACGAGUUUUGCAAGAUCUUAUGACUAGAAAUGACAAUAUGAAAUGUUUCGAAUGUGGGACCCAUAAUCCUCAAUGGGCUUCAGUUACUUACGGGAUUUGGAUCUGUUUAGAAUGUUCUGGCAAGCACAGAGGACUAGGUGUUCAUUUAUCUUUUGUCAGAUCAAUAACGAUGGACAAAUGGAAGGAUAUAGAACUAGAAAAAAUGAAGGUUGGGGGUAAUAGGAAGGCGAGAGAAUUUUUUGAUGGUCAAGAUGACUGGGAUGAGACACUUCCUAUUCAAAACAAGUAUAACACAAAAGCUGCAGCUCUUUAUCGCGAUAAGAUUUCAACACUGGCAAAUGGCAAGGAAUGGAGUCCUACUACUGCUAAAGUUGACAGCUUUAACUCUUACAAAUUUAAAAGUGAUAAUUAUCAGCAAAAUGAUUCCUGUCAGUCCUAUCAAGAUAUGACAGAAAAUAGUUCUUACAACAAUGGCGGAAGCUACCAGAACUAUCAAAAUUAUAAUUCACAUGAGUUUAAAGAUGAAAAGGAAGCCUUUUUCCACAGGAAACAGCAAGAAAAUUUAAAAAGGCCAAGUGAUUUACCACCUAAUCAAGGUGGGAAGUACUCAGGUUUUGGAUACACUAUGGAUCCACCACCAAGAAGUUCUUCGCAGGAAUUUUUUGACACGGCUGUCUCUUCAUUAAGCUCAUUUGGUCAAUCGGGGUGGUCUCUGUUUUCAAAAUCCGCCUUGAAAAUAGCGAACAAAACGACAGAAAGUGCAUUCAAAAUUGGUUCCAUUGCAUCACAAAAGGUAGCUGAAAUUGGUGUUACUGUAACAGACAAGGUUAAAGAAGGAAAAAUUCUUGAGGAAGUGGGCAAUCAGGUUUCAGAGUUAGCAAAUAAGGUAGGGGACUUAGGGAGGAAAGGUUGGCAAGAUAUUGCUGGCAGUAAUAUUCCUUCAGCACAGAGUCCGGUUUCUCCUUCAGGCAGCACAACAGAAAAGUCUUCGCUCCUGUAUGAAACCAUAUCGAGCCCAACGCCUCAGAAUCUUCAGAAAUCACAUAAUGAUACAUUAAAGACCGAAUGGGAUUCAUGGAAGGAUAAGGAAUGCAGUACAAAAUCUGCUAGAACCAAUGAAUGGGAAUCGUCUCUCGAAGAUGAAGCUUGGCACUCAUUAAACAAAAGUUAAAAGUUUUAACAAUUUAUUUUUAAUCGUUGAAUUGUAUUUUAUUAUUUAUUACAUCAGAGUAAUUAAAUGAAGUAAAUAAUUUUUAAAUAGGUUUUUAAAGAAAUGUCAAAAGUUAUAAGGCAGUCAGAUUUUUAAAAAUAUUAUUUUUGUUAAGUUUAUGCGUAUUGAUAUUUUUACAUUCCAGUUUAUUUUGAAUCGUACUGUUAAAAACAUUAAAUAUUAGAACCAAAUUAAAAGUUUAAUUGUAUGAAAUUCAGAAGAAAAAAAAUCAUCAAUGAAAACUAAUUUAUAUACCUAUUAAAUGAAGCGAAACAAUUAGAGCAAAUAUAUCCAUACAA